CUUGACUCUUUCCGUUCCAGAUAAAGGCUGUGUCAGUUCGCCACUUCCUGCUCAUUGAAAUUACCUAUCUGUGUCUUGUCACAGCUCAAGGUCAGAUGAAUUCAGUUGCAGUUGCCGCGGAUAUGCAGACCCCCGCUUUAAGCCCACAGUUUAUAACCAGCGGUCAGAGUAAGGUCCCGGGCAGGAAGAGAGGAAGACCCCCCAUACGUAAACUGGAAUAUGAGAGAUGCUACGUGGAGACAGUGACCCCCAUCAAGAUCCCCAAGAAAAGAGGCAGGAAACCAGGCUUUAAGCUGAAGCCCAGGAUGCUGCUGUCCCCGCUGGCUAACUCUCCCCCGAACAGCACCCCUGAGCCAGAGAUGGGCUCUCUCCCACAGGACGCUGCCCUGGUGCCGCACUCAGCCACUCCACAGGUCCUCACAGCAGAGACAACUACUCCAGAUGAGUAUCUGUGUGACCCAGUCGAGUCCAAGCGCUACGCUCAUGACCCCAGUGACUCUGCCUUCAGCCGCAUGCCUCCUCAGUACCACCCCAAACGCGCCUUUGGUUUCCGCAGCAGCAGUUGUCCCCUCCUGUGCCUGUGUAGACAGGCCUCAAGCCCAAGAUGUUUUCAGGAGACCAACAGGAAUGGGUACAGCUCAGUGCUAGAGGCUGGGGAGAGCAAGCGUCUCUCUGAUAAAGACCCUUCCACCUGGGGGGUGGAGGAGGUGGUGUGGUUCAUCCAAGACGCAGAUCCACAAGCACUGGGUCCUCACGCAGACACCUUCAGGAAACAUGAAAUCGAUGGGGAUGCUCUGCUCCUGCUGAAAAGUGAAAUGAUGAUGAAGUACCUUGGGCUGAAGCUGGGGCCAGCUCUAAAGCUCUGCUACCACAUCGAUAAACUCAAACAGAGUCGCUCCUGAUUUAUGGGGGAGCUCAAACCUGCAACUGUAGCUGGUGCCAGGAAUAGACUUUAUAGAGCACAAGGCUCUUACAUCUGGCAACAAAAGGAACAUAAGCAUACAAUAGAAAAAAUUGUCAAAGUAUGUCUAUAGCAUUGACUUCAACAUAUCGUACAGCUUUGAAUGGACCGGUGCGAUAUUUGAGCUGCGUUCAGCAAAUCUGUGCUACCAACAGACAACAUAUCAAUACCUCAGAGCAACAAUAUAAAAACAAUAACAAAAUGGUGCUUUAAGUUAUUGCCAUAUUUGUCAAUUUUAGGUGUUGUAUAUACUCUUUCAAUUGUUUUAAUACUUUUCUAUUGUUAUAAUGUUUUUGAACUCUUACAUCUUUUGGAUUUGCAGCUGAAGUGAUUUUAUUGCCACACAAUAUACAGAACUACAUCAAGGACACACAAUAGCAUUAAAACACAUUGAAUACUGUA